ACUUACUUCGGUGAUGUGUUAGUGUAAGAACAAGGAUCAUCAACAUGGUCAACCAUAUUAGUAUACUAUGCGGAUACUACACAUUUUGAAUUUCAUGUGAAUGAAAGUAAGCGUGAUGAAUCUUUAUACAAUGAUGAUGAUAAAAACUGUGUAGAAAUUAGUAAAAGUGACGACGAAGUAUUAAAUUCUGUUUAAUAAACUUUAGAAAUAUUAGAAUUUUAAAUAACAAACUAUGAAGAUUCAUCAAAUGCAAUGUGAGCUUGCUUUUAUACUAUUGGAAUAAAGAUAUAUAGUGAUAAAGUUAUAUUAACUACUAAGUUUAGAAAAAUGCACAGUAACCAAAGCACACAAACUUUUAUGCGGUUAUGAAACCAAAAUAACUAUAGCAAAUUCGGAACUUGUAUUUUUAUCUCAGGUGAAUUUCGUUGUUGUUAAUUCAUUCAUAAAAAUGAAUUCGAUUGAACGUGUAAACAUUCUUCAUGAUCCUGUUGAACGACAUGGUAAUACCAAAACAUGUUAUAUUGAUUUAAUUUAUGUUAAGAGUAAGCAAGAAUUAAUAGACAAAGUGAAAGAACAUAAGGAUAAAAGAAUUUCUCUUUUCACACCGUACGUUGGUGCUCUACAACUUAUACCGGAUGUGGAAUGUUUGGCUGCUAAAUGUUCGUUUUAUAUCUACUGUUUGGCUGAUGCACAAAAUGCAAUUCAUAGUCCAGUUGCAAGGUACCCACAAAUUGAGCAGAUAUUCGGCGAAGAUAAAUUACAUAAAUUUUUAUCUAGUCGUACUCGAGAUUUAUGCAUAUACAAUGAAGACAAAUAUCGAGCUGAGGGUAAUCAUGGUCUGGCAAAUAAAUAUUAUGUUGCUCAUCAAGAUUUGUGCUAA